GAAGAAACCGUACUCUUUGCCGUAUCUGAUCACACAAUGGUCAAAGUGGCGCCAUUUUUUCUUUUCACCAAAUCAUAAAACACCUUUUCCUCAAAAAAAUCCAUGUUUUGGCGGGUGGCUUCUUCUGAUAAUAGAGAAUGAAUAAAAGGGCAUUUUCGUCAUUUAAUAACCAAAAUCCUAGGGUUUAAUUCCGAACCAAUUUAUAAUCAUGGGUUUGGUUUUAUUGAUCAUUGUCUCUGUCGGUUCGAUUCUUUCAAAAACAAAGCCUCUCUCUCUCUCUGACACUCUUCUUCACUCUCUUCUCUGCAUGUUUUUGCGAAGAAUCGUGAUCUCUUCUAAACCCUAGUAACCAGAUUGAUUCUGAUCCUUUCCUUGAUCUCUGUUUUCAAACCCUAGCUUUCCCGAUUGCGGCGCCGACUCUGAUCAAAUCCUUAAAUAUCCAUUUCACUUAGACGAUCUCGGAAGUAGAGAAUGCUAGAUCACAGUGAGAAGGUUUUGGUUGAUUCAGAAACCAUGAAAACAAGAGUUGAAGAAGACAUGAUCGAACAGAACAAAACUAGUGUUAACGACAAGAAGAAGACUUGUGCUGAUUGUGGUACAAGCAAAACCCCUCUUUGGCGUGGUGGUCCUACUGGUCCUAAGUCGUUGUGUAACGCAUGUGGGAUCAGAAACAGGAAGAAGAGAAGAGGAACAGAGGAUAAUAAGAAAUUAAAGAAAUCAAGUUCCGGCGGCGGAAACCCUAAAUUGGGUGAAUCGUUAAAACAGAGGUUGAUGGAUUUUGGGAUGACGAAGAGAUCAACGGUGGAGAAGCAACGACGGAAGCUUGGUGAAGAAGAACAAGCCGCUGUUUUACUCAUGGCUCUUUCUUAUGGCUCUGUUUACGCUUAGUGGUUUUUUUCUGGAUCUCACCAUGAUUAGGGUUUUCUUGAAUUUGGAGAGCAAUGAUGAUGAUGAUGACUAACAAAAUGAAAUGUGAGAU